AUGGUAGGUUUGUCAGAACCCAAGAGUACCACUCUGAAACUGUGGAGCACACAUACCAUCAACCACUUCCUACACCCCACUGUUCCACCCGUCCAUCUGCAGCAGACAGAACCCCAGCUAACACUGCUCAAUAUCUUGGUUACACCAAUGGCUUGUUUGUUCCCGGUGGACUUCAGCAAACUGUAUCUGUUACCUCAGAAAGGGGUGUCGUAUGGAAUCAAUCUCUACAAUAAGCUACUAUUGCUUCAAUGGAAUUUCAAAGCCAUACUUCUCUACCAGAAAGGGGUGUCACAUGGAAUCAAUCUCUACAACAAGCUACUAUUUCUUCAAUGGAAUUUCAAAGCCAUUCUUCGCUACCAAAGGAAUAACCACAUAGGCCAGCUCCAUGGAAGCGGCAAUUAUCAGGCACCACAUCAGUCUCCACAAGCGGCUGCUCCUUCUGUCCGGUCUUCACUGCAGACAAAUCUGUCAUACAACAAUGAAGUUUCAAAUGUUGGAUCUGACCUUUGUGAGAUGCAGUCAACUGAGAGAUCCCAACCAUAUGCAAGAACCAGUAGCUAUGCUAAUCGAAGGUACAGUUCCAUGAGUCAGCAGAACACAAGUAAAGCAAAAAUGCCAAUAGGUUCAACGCCCCCAGAAAUAGUUGUAAAAUCAUAUACAUCAAGGCUCCUUAUUGGCAACCCAGAGGGUAAAAUAGUCAUUAGGUCUGAUCAAUAUAACAGACAUGAUUUCCAGGUGGUGUAUCCAAAUGCAAAAUUCUUUGUGAUAAAGUCCUAUGAUGAGGCAGACAUUCACAAAUCUAUCAAGUAUGGUGUGUGGUCAACUUCCUCUACUGGAAGCCAGAAGUUGGAUAUUGCGUUCAGAGAGGCUCAAGCGAUAGCUGCAAGUAGUUCUACCUUGUGCCCAGUUUUCCUGUUCUUUUCGGUCAAUGCAAGUUACAAUUUCUGUGGUGUUGCUGAGAUGGUUGGCCCUGUCGACUACCAAAAUGACAUGGACUUUUGGUGCAUGGAUAGAUGGAUUGGCAGCUUUCCUGUAAAAUGGCAUAUCAUAAAAAACAUACACUACACUCCUGGAACAACUAUGCUCGAACUCUUCAAAUAUACCAGAGCAGACGGAUGUGUGCUUGAUAGCUUCAUGGUGCAUGAGGAGAAGGAAGCAAAGUUUAAGCUGCGCAGGGGUGCUCCACAUUUUAUACCUGCAUGGCAUGGCCCUCGUCCCUCCAGACAUGUGCUGCCAAAAUCUGACAGUGUAGUGAUGGACAAAAUUACCACUUCAAACACAAACAGACAGAAAGAAUGGUAUUGCUGCGGAACCCAGGCUCAUGGAAAGACAAACAAGGAUACUGUGAAGGCUAUACCAUCUCCAACUCGAGCAUACCAUCCCAUGACUCCUCCAAACCAGAAAUCUGCUUUGGAUGGAGAACAACGACGCUGGAAGAAGGUUGAGAUCGCCCCAACUGAAAACCCACAACCAGAAACUGUUGCCAGCGCCUCGUCAAAAGCACCAUCUGAGGAGCAUCAACAAGGAGGUAAAAGUACCUUGGCGCACAGUGCAUCAGGAGCUCCUGAGAUGACUUGUGAAGAUCAGAAGAUUUUUGGGAAAGCCUGUCCACCUGUGGCCGUUUUGACAAGUAAAGCCUGCUCAGAACCCCUGCCUGGUGUGCUUGCUAUUGGCUCAAUGCUGGUCCCGAUUACGACGUCCAAUUAG